GAAACUCGGUGAGUAUGUCAGAGGAGAUAAAAUGGAUCUAAACCUGACAGAAGAAAAUCUGCACGAAUUCAACAAAAGAAAUGCACUGAUAGAAGCAAGGUACAAUGACAGCAGCCCCUAUUUUAAGGGAUUAACCGACUUUUCGCUGGAUAUCAACAGAGGAAAACUCUCAGGGUACAACCCUGUAAGCGAAAGAAAUGCAGAAAAAUCCAUCAGGCCAUGCUAUAAAACAGACUUUUCCGUUGCUAUCAAUAUGGAAAAACACUCCGACUCUAGUCCUGGAGAGAGUCAGUCAGCUCUGGCUCCAAGUCUCGUUUUGCUGUCAAGGUGCGUGAAUGGAGCUCGUCUUGGUUUAGCCAGAAAAAACAUAAACGAGGCAAUUCCUCAUCGAGGUUUUCUUCUAACAAAACCUCCCAAGAUGGUUGUGCAUCAAAAACCACAGAGAGUGUAGAAGCAGCCGCAAAAGUCAAAGCCAAGAAGAAAAAAAAGGAGUCUGAGAGAGAAAAUGGCACUCUUCUUGGAAUGAUAAAUGAAGAUACUACUAUGGCUUCCCAGAAGCCCUUGAGGGAGAGAGACUUUGAGCCACUACCAAUGCUGCCACUGUCACCACUAAACGAACCUCUACUCGAAUCAUUACCACAUACACUACCUCAGAUAACACAACCGAAAGUACUAUCAUUUCCCUCACCACCGCCAACACCACUCUCAGAAUCACAAUCUGCACCAACAUCACCGAUGGUUUUACAGAGUCCAGCACCAGCACAUCAGACUCCAUCCACCGGAGGAGUUAGACAUGAGAACCAGGAGACAAACACAAAUGAAUAUGAAAGAGAGUAUAUCUGGGCAGAGAAGUAUAGGCCUCUACACCUGCAGGAUUUUCUAUGCAACAGGAAAGCUGCACUUGAACUACAGGCAGUAGUAAGAAAUCUUCAUGAAAAAGGAGAAGACUGUGGUCACUUCAUAUUUGAAGGCAACCCAGGAGUAGGAAAGAGAACCAUGAUUUGUGCUUUGCUUAGGGAAGCUUUUGGACCAGACAAAGUGCAGGCAAAAGAAGAACGCAAGGAAUUUCACUUCAAGGGAGAAGCAGAGGAGAGCAUCCACGUAAGCUUAAUGGUAUCACCUCAACAUACUGAAGUCAACCUUUCUGAACUCAAAGGUUAUGCAAAGCAUGUGAUACUUGAACUUAUCAAUGAGAAAAAUCAGAAUUCUGACAAAGUAUUGCACAGCAACCUUGGGAACAGUAGAGCUAUUAUCCUAUACGAAGCAGACAAGCUAUCAACUGAUUCCCUGUUGUAUAUGAAAUGGAUGCUAGAGAAGUUCAAAGGAUUUAACAAGGUAUUCUUCUGCUGUAGUGAUGCCUCAAACUUGAGUCUAUAAAGCCACUGUGCAGGUUUAUUCAACUCCUCGAACCUACAAAUGAAGAGAUUCUGAAAGUAUUGGCCUCCAUAGCACACCAAGAAGGGAUAAAGCUACCUCAACAAUUGGCCAAUAAAAUUACUCACAAUUCCAGGAAUAACCUAAGACAAGCUAUACGCUCAUUUGAAGCUACCUGGAACUUCAAGUUCAGUAUAGAAAAGUGCACAUAUUUAGUUCAUGCCAUAAAUUAUAUGUCUCUGGUUCCCAGUAGUCUAGUAUUUGGCUAAUAUCUCCAUUUCCCAUACCUUGUGCAAUAAAGUUGCUGCAAGGCUUCCCUGAAGGGAGCUCAAAUCAGAACUGGGUGGGAAGAUACAAUAGCUAAAAUUGCAAGAAAUGCUGUCAAAGAGCAGAGCCCAAAACAGUUAAUUCCAUCUAACAUGGAUUAUCUUCUAAAUUUGGCCAUUGGCUAUUUUUUAAGUUGACAGUGCAAAUGCAUAUACCCACAGGCUUUACAAUAUCCGUCAAGAACUUCAAAUACUUUUAGAGCACAAUGUGGCUCCAGGCUUCCUAUUGCAAGUAAGAUUAAUCCAAUUUUAUGCAUACCAUCGACAAUUUCAAUCUUGUUAACAUAUUAUGCCUUUUGCAGGCUCUAAAAGACGGAUUAAAAAUAAUUCUUCCACAACAUUUACUGCCUCAGUUUGAUAAGUUAUACGACUGUAAAGUAUAUAUACAUUUUUAUAGACUCUCUUGUCCAUGAUAGAAGUGACACAGCAUGGACAGCUAACCACAGAUUCCUUCCAUUCUCACUUUCUCAGAAAAAUCAUGUUACUAGAAAGUACUUGGCCUCCGCACAUCAACUAGUGGAAUCUGGAAAACAACCAAGUGAUCCACGAAAGAAUGUACACGAGUUCAUGAACAUUGAAGGUAAGCAAUAAGAAUCAAUUAUAAGAAUGAGAUAUAUAGAGUAAUACAGAAUAUUGUAGAUCCUUCACUUAAGAUAUGAAACCAUAGUCAAUAGGAGCAAUUCCAGAAGAAUGCCAGGAAACAGUCCUACAGAUAUUUUUGAAGCAUAGAAGAGAAAUGUUUGUGCUAGAACUAAGAUAUUAUUGUUAUUUAGAAUUUUCAAUAUUGUUUCACUAAUGUGCCCAACUCCAGGAAGUUCCCAAUCAAUAGAUGAUAACAGAAUUGGUUUCUCUAUUGAAACAAAGAGUAAAGCAUAAACGAAUCUAGCUUAACAACUUACCGUUACUAUAAUAAACCAACACCAAAAUACAAUGAAAUAAUUAGAUAAAACUUCUCUGUACAGUAGCCUAAACCCAAAUUGAACAAGAGGAGACCUUAUGGAGUAAAAUCUACACAAACUUGAUUAACUACUUUGAGAUUGUUGGUUUCUCAGUUUAGUUUUAAAUAUUGAAACUGGUUAUACUCAAGGAAUGAACAAAAAUGAACCUGCCUAGGGAUGUCAGAAUAAGGUCUGUUUCUCUAUGAAGGGAGGACAAGUUAACAAUGAACAGUAGAGUGAAAAUUACAAUUAACCAGAGUCAAUGGUGAGACUUGCUAGCAUGUCCAGUGUGAAUAUCCAUCAUCAGCUUUUCUCACAGUUAAAACUUAAAACCAACGCAGCACAAGUGCAAUAUAGAAACAAAUUGUUAUUUGCCAAGUACUUUUGCAAACGCUAGAAUUGGGAUGUUUCAGGCAAUGGGAUCAUACUUCUUUCUUCCAAUUUGUUUGAGCUUGCCCUCAUUUCUCUUGCAGUAGGGGAAAAUCAAUUUCAUUUUAAUCACAAGAGCAAAAUCUACAGUUCAUACUUCCUACAGCUCUAAUGACUGUUCAAUCAUUAUGUAUAUAUUUUGUGCUUAACACUUCUCCUGUUUCUUUCUCUU